AUGACCAAACAAAGGUGUGUGCAUCAGGAGCGAUUUCGUAAACUUGUACAACGACUUAAGAAGACUCUUAGACUCUCAUCAGCUUCAGACAACAGUCACGGCCUUACUGAGCUGGUGUCCUUGCAUGACUUACCUGAAGAAUGUCUCUCCAUCAUAAUCUCUUUCACAAGUCCACGAGACGCGUUAAACCUCGCUUCGGUUUCCAAGACCUUUGAAUCCGCGGUCCAAUCCAAUAUCGUAUGGGAGAAGUUUAUUCCGCCGGAAUAUAAAUCUUUGAUCUCUCAAUCGCCAGAUUUCUUAUCCAAGAAGGAGGUUUUCUUCGCUCUUCGCGACAAAUCUAUUCUGAUCGACGAUGGCAAAAAGAUGUUAUGGAAAGAAAGAGAGAAUGCGAAGAGGUGCAUCAUGUUAUCAGCGAUGAACCUCUCAAUCACGUGGGGGAAUACUCCUCAGAGUUGGCGAUGGAUUCCAGAUCCAGAAGCUAGGUUUGAAGCAGUAGCGGAGCUACUUGAAGUAUGUUUGUUUGAGAUUCGUGGAAGAAUAAGUAGCCGUUUCCUAUCUCCAAGAACUCGUUACUCGGCUUACAUUGUGUUCAUGAAACAGAAUAUAUGUUAUGGCUUUGAGAAUGUAUCCGUGGAAGUUGUAGUUGGAGUGGUGGGGCAGAAUCUUGAAGAUUCUUGUAGAAGAUAUGUAUGCUUUGACGAGGCUAGGGAUGAACAGUUUAGAAGGAGAGACAGAGGAAAGAACCUGGUGAAGCCAGAGAGGAGAAAAGAUGGGUGGAUGGAGAUAAAGCUUGGAGAAUUCUUCAAUGAAGGUGGAUUAUCAAGCUAUGAUGAUAUUGAGAUGGUUGCUUUAGAGAAUAAGCUUCGUCAUUGGAAACGCGGCUUGAUCAUUCGAGGAAUUGAGAUCCGCCCUACAAAGAUCCGGCAAUGA